AUGCAGACCGGAUCCAUGAGCGUUCCAGCACCACCUCGCGCUGUAUCACCACUUGGCCUACCUGCGGCGGCUCUCCAUGAUCGCGCCCAUGCAGAACCACAUCCUGACUCAGAAGUUGCAGUGCGCUACGAGCGACAACGCUACUCGCAGGAGUUGGGACCCGUACGUCGCGAAAGAACUACUACACUGAAUGAACCGCGUGCGAUACCUAGUCUCAACAGUAUACGAUCGCGCAAUGCGUUGCUGCGCAGCUCGACAGAUGACUCAAGAGAGGAUCUCAGGCGCCAUGCUUCUGACAUCAGCAUAACAAGUGCACAGGUCAAUGUGUAUCAGGAAGGACCUGGUAGAGACGAAGUAGCAAGGACGGAGCGGUGGUAUGGCCCAGUUGUCAAACUUUGGACUGCACACGUUAGCCUGAGCAUCGAUGAAGGAGCGCACAGAGAUCAUUUGGCACUCGAACGCACUUUCCUAGGCUACCUCCGUACCUCCCUUAUCCUUGUCAUGACAGGAGUUUUGACCGCUCAGCUCUUCCACUUACAGCAUUCGGCUACGCCUAACCCGCACUUUGGUUUCUACAAGGUCGGGAAACCGCUUGCAGCAACCUUGAUCUGCAUGGCUAUUGUCGUGGUGUUAGUAGGGGCAAUCAGGUUUUGGCGGCUACAGAGGGCGCUUGUGAGAGGGAAGGCCAUGGCAGGAGGGUGGGAGGUAGGGCUCGUCAUGGUUUUGAUGAUAUGUUUGCUGUUGGGGACAUUCGCGGUGGUUGUUGGGGUAGACAUCGAGAAGACGUACUUUGGUAACGAGUAG